UCCCCAAUAGAAAAUAGAGGUAAUUAUUGCCCUUUUCCACUUCGAAGGGCUGAUGUGAACAUUAAGGGAGCCAAUAUUAGUUGGUAGUCAAAACAAGAGUAGACUACGAUUCCCAAGAUGCCCAAAGAGCCUGACGCCGGUCCAACAAACAGUUCCAGCUUUAGGGCAAAGGUGACCCCUCCGGGUCCCGCGCCCAAGUAGGGAGCAGCGGGGCCUCGCCUCUUUCCGGAUGCAUCCAGGGAGCUGUAGUUCUCUGAGGGUCCGGGCGCAUGCUUAGGGCCAGUGUCUUACUACAAGUCCCGCGAUGACCCGGGGCCAGGCAGCGCCUGCGUGUUGAAGCCGAGGGAGCGUGCGUGCGGCGCUCACGGCGGGAGGAGUAAAGAUGGCGGCGCGGGGGUCUCCGCCUUCUGCUCCCGGCGGAGCGCUCUGAGGGAGGCGGCUGCGGCAACCCGAGCGGCAACAGCAGUCCGGUGGCGGGUUUCAGCAGCGGCUGCCGAGGCCGGAGCAAUGGCGGAGCUGGAGCACCUGGGCGGGAAGCGGGCGGAGUCGGCGCGAAUGCGGCGGGCUGAGCAGCUUCGGCGCUGGCGGGGCUCGCUGACCGAGCAGGAGUCGGCGGAGCGCCGCACGGGGCGGCAGCCGCAGACCCGUUGCGGGAGCCCCAGGGUCCGCUUCGAGGACGGUGCCGUCUUCCUGGCCGCUUGCUCCAGCGGGGACACAGACGAGGUGAAAAAGCUCCUGGCGAGAGGUGCCGAUAUCAACACGGUCAACGUGGACGGCUUGACAGCCCUGCACCAGGCUUGUAUUGAUGAAAAUUUGGACAUGGUGAAGUUUCUCGUGGAGAACAGAGCCAAUGUAAACCAACAGGACAACGAGGGCUGGACACCCCUUCAUGCAGCAGCUUCCUGUGGCUAUCUCAACAUAGCAGAGUAUUUCAUUAACCAUGGAGCCAGUGUGGGCAUUGUGAAUAGUGAAGGUGAAGUCCCCUCUGACCUUGCAGAAGAGCCGGCCAUGAAGGAUCUUUUGCUGGAGCAGGUGAAGAAGCAAGGAGUUGAUCUAGAGCAGUCAAGAAAAGAAGAAGAAGAGCAGAUGCUGCAGGAUGCCCGACAGUGGCUCAACAGUGGGAAAAUAGAGGAUAUAAGGCAGGCUCGCUCAGGGGCCACCGCCCUCCACGUGGCUGCUGCCAAGGGCUACUCUGAGGUCCUCAGGCUGCUGAUUCAGGCUGGCUAUGAACUCAAUGUGCAGGAUCAUGAUGGCUGGACUCCCCUCCAUGCGGCUGCACACUGGGGAGUGAAGGAGGCUUGCUCCAUCCUGGCGGAAGCACUCUGUGACAUGGAUGUCAGGAACAAACUGGGCCAGACACCAUUUGAUGUGGCUGAUGAGGGUCUCGUGGAGCACUUGGAGAUGCUCCAGAAGAAGCAGAAUGUGCUUCGAAGUGAAAAAGAGACACGGAAUAAGCUCAUUGAGUCAGACCUGAACAGCAAGUUGCAGAGUGGAUUCUUUAAGAACAAAGAGAAGAUACUCUAUGAGGAGGAGACACCCAAGUCCCAAGAAAUGGGGGAAGAAAACAAAGAAUCCAGCAGCUCCAGCUCAGAGGAGGAGGAUGGCGAAGAUGAGGCCUCAGAGUCAGAAACUGAGAAGGAGGCAGGUAAAAGGCCAGAAGCCAUUGUCAACCAUUCUGGCUCUGAAAGCAAGAGCAGUGCCACGGAACAGAUGCCACCACCCACACAGAGCGCCUUCUGUGCCUCCUCAGCUAGGAGGUUCUCCAGCCUUUUCAACAAGUCAGAAGAGCCCAAAGAUGAAUCUCCUUCUUCAUGGAGACUGGGACUCAGAAAAACCGGCAGCCAGAACGUGCUGAGUGAGGUGGCCGGUCCCAGGGAGGCACUGGGGGGCCGAGGUUCUUCCGUCUCCCGGUCCUCGUCAAGCCCGCGGAUUUCUGCUCUGCUAGACAACAAAGAUAAGGAGAGAGAAAACAAAAGCUAUUUUAGUUCACUAGGACCCCGGAGACUCAACAGCACAAGUGAUAUUGAAGAAAAGGAGAACAGAGAAUCGGCUGUUAAUCUAGUGAGGAGUGGUUCCUAUACCCGCCAGCUGUGGAGGGAUGAAGCCAAGGGAAAUGAAGCCCCACAGACGAUUGCUCCUUCCACCUAUGUAUCAACCUACUUGAAAAGUGCUUCAUUUGGUAGAAGUAGUGACCCCACAAGUCCCUACAUUUCAGCCAAUCGCAAUUCAUCUCCUGCUACCUCACCCAUUACGAUUGGUUCAUCUACCUCUCGGGGCGGCAAGUGGCAGCCUGCCUCUUCUUGCCCUGCACCAGUCAGUGCAGACACUACUGCGUCCCUACACCGUGGCAGGACUCCUUACAAAUCCCAGGCUGACUCAGCCGCAGAGAAAGCAGCAGACAGUGUCUCUUCUAGCACCCCGCUCUGUGUGAUCACUAAUCGCCCUCCACCUCACACUGCCGGUGGGGUUACAGCUGCUCCUCCGCUCUCACCCCCUGGAACGGACUCCCCUGUGGAAGCCCGGGAGAGGAGGAGGUCCUAUCUGACUCCUGUACGCGAUGAGGAAGCAGAGUCUUUGCGGAAAGCACGCUCCAGACAAGCUCGGCAGACUCGAAGGUCUACUCAGGGUGUAACCCUAACGGACCUUCAAGAGGCAGAAAGGACUUUCAGCCGGUCCAGGGCAGAGCGGCAAGCUCAGGAGCAGCCUAGCCAACAGCCCGCAGACACAGAAGGGCUCGAGGGCGGCGUCGAGAAGCAUGAACCCCCGGCAGUCCUGGCAAAGGAAGCUGGGGAGGGCCGGCAGCCCUGGGGCGGGAGUCUGGAUGAGGAGCCUGUCUAUCGUCGCCUGAGGUGUCCAGCUCAGCCAGACAAACCCACAACAACAGUGUCUCCUUCUGCAUCAAGACCCUCUCUCUUCACCAGUUCCCAUCUCCUGCGGACAAUCAGAUCUUCAGUCCCUGAUUCUGAGAGUUCAGAGACUGCCACAAACACUGCAGUCACAAAGGAAAUGGACAAAAAUGGGAGUGAAGAGGCAGACUUGGGUGAUCAGUCCUCCAGUAGACUGUCCGUCCGUGAGAGGAGGCGGCCCAAGGAGCGACGAAGAGGCACAGGCAUCAAUUUCUGGACAAAGGAUGAAGAGGAAACUGAUGGCUCUGAAGAGGCAAAAGAGACAUGGCAUGAAAGACUUUCUAGGUUGGAAUCGGGAGGUAGUAACCCUACAACCAGUGAUUCUUAUGGUGACCGGGCUUCAGCAAGAGCCCGCCGGGAGGCCCGGGAGGCCCGCCUGGCCACCCUGACCAGCCGUGUGGAAGAGGACAGCAACAAGGAUUAUAAAAAACUCUAUGAGAGUGCCCUGACCGAAAACCAAAAGCUGAAAACGAGACUUCAGGAGGCCCAGCUGGAGCUGGCAGAUGUAAAGUCCAAGCUUGAGAAGGCGGCCCAGAAACAGGAGAAGACCUCUGACCGGUCGUCUGUGCUGGAGAUGGAGAAACGGGAGAGGCGAGCCUUGGAGCGGAAGAUGUCGGAGAUGGAGGAAGAGAUGAAGAACCUCCACCAGCUAAAACAGAUUCAAACCUUGAAGCAGAUGAACGAGCAACUGCAGGCUGAAAACAGGGCCCUGACUCGAGUUGUGGCCAGACUCUCGGAGUCCAUCGAGUCCUCGGAAACCCAGGAGCUCUAGUUCUUGCCCCUCUUCUCCACUGCACUUCCCUUCUCCACCACUCCAGGUGUUAACAGAACUGAAGUCCGACAACCAGAGGCUGAAGGAUGAAAAUGGUGCCCUCAUCAGAGUCAUCAGCAAACUGUCCAAAUAGACUAGGCUCCAGACUUGGGGGGGAAGGCAGCAUUUGCUGCCCCGAGCCCUCUUUUCCAGUCAUUGCCGUCCAGCCAAAAGCAGUGACUGUUUUGGCGGAAGGACACGCCUCUCUGACCCUCCUCCAGUCACGUCCUCUGCGCUGUACAUGUUCUCUGCACUCCCAGUGCCCUGCCCUUCCUGCGCCCCCACCCCCGGGUCUUAGGACUGGUUUAAUCGAAGCACGAUUGUGAUCACUCCUGCCAGUCGGGCCGUCUGGAGAAGGCCUUGGGGAGAACACGGAACUGGGCUGUGGACCCACCUUCCUGCUGCUCAGCUAGUUGUCCACAUUGGAUUCGGUCUGAACAUGUACGAACUCUGCCCACACCAGUGUCCCACAGCCCUGUACACGGACCCACUGCCCUCUGGUAGAGGUGAGUCUUCCAGUAGCCACUCCAGGAUCCUGCCUGGGAUGCCAAGAGAAACAGCAGGAUGUUGGCAUAGGCAGCAGACAGCCUGCGGAGCUGUAUUUCCGUUCGAUUCCACGGUGACAGUAACUGCGCUGAGGGUCUCUGCAUCUUCCCCUCGGGAACUGACUCCUCCGACUCUUCACUGGGGUUGCCGAUGUCCCUGGCGAGCCUUCACCCCUCCACCUCCCUCAUGCCCAGCUGUCUCCCCAGGGCUCAGGUGACCCUGGCUUCAUUUGUUCCUUUCUUUUCUAUUCUUUUAUUUUCCUUUCUCCCUCCCCCCCACCCACUUACCCUGUGGUGUGAAAGGUAGAAGAGGGCACCUGAGCCCAGCUGUCGGGCUGUCACAGACUCACUUCUCCAGGGACAGCACCAGCAUUCUCCCGGGGGUGCAGACCGUCACCGGGGUGUCACCCCCUAUUCUCAUCUGCUUGUUCUCCUCCUCGCCUGGGCUCCCAGCGCCCCGUCCCGCCUCACCUCCCCAUGACCUUGUUUCCUCUUUCCCUGGCCCCUGCUCCUGGGGAGGAGCCCCUGCAGUGCAGCGGGGGAGGGGGGGGGAGGCGGAUGGAUAGGAGGCCGCCUAGGGGUCGGAUGCGGGCUGAAAGACGCAUGUGCUGUAAAUAGAGUAUCUGAGGACACCUGCAGCCUUGUGACAAAGAAGAUAGAAGAAAAUGACAGCCCGUCGUGCUGUGGAAUGGUGGUGAAUUUGAUUGUUUCUGGUAGCUAGAUUGAGGGGACAGACAUUUGUUUUCUUAGAAGCCAACAGGAGAAAUAACUUCUUAAUAGAGGUUAAAGGGACAAGACACUUUGAACCCAUCGAUGAGAGUCACAGGACCCUAGUGGCAGACCCAGAGUCACUGGCUCCAGCUUUCCGUUAUUCUGUCACAGGGUUCUCACCCCCUGCCCCUCUCUGCUGCCACAGCUCCUGCCCGCGGUCAGGGAGCCUCUGGUGGCUGUGCCUUCAUUAUUCCGAAUGAGUGGCUCUAAUGACCAGGAAGUCUGCUCCUGUGAGCUGGGGUCUGUGGGUCCCCCCAUUGCCCGCUGCCCCCUCCCAUGUGACACCCUUCAGGCACAGGCUGUCGGCGAUCGCCCCUAGUCGCCCAGCUGAUGGCACCUGGUCCUUUAGUCCCUCAUCCUGUCACUCUUGGCCAUCCUCCUCUGGGCAAAAACAGCCUUUCAAAAUACCAGAUAUUUUCAUAUCAGACCUAAAUUAAACCGUUUGUUUCUGUGAUGACCCAGCAUUGAUGCUUAAAGUAUUUGCCUUUUAUAGGCAUUUUUAUCCGUUGGUUGGCUUAUUUUGAGUGUGCAGGUCAUUUAAAUUCUCAUUUUAGGGUUGCUGGUGAUACUCAGUGCUUAGAGUGAUCCAUUAUCUGACAUAUACUACCCCUGUCCAUUUUUUUCUUUCCUUCCAGGAAAUGAUAAUGUAAUUCUCCAUGGCUCUCUGAAAUACCCCAUGAUCUUUAAACCAGAAGCUAUAAUUCAAAAAUCCCAAUUCCAGAAUAGGAAAUAUGUCUCCUAUUCUGGCAAAACCCCACUUUUAGAGUAUACAAAAUUUUCUCUUCCAUUUCCUACCAUUUUCCAAGAGAAGCUACUUCUGAUAAGGAUUCUGUAUCAUCGUGGGUACGUGUAAGCCCAUUUCUCAGAGAGUGCUAAGGUAGAGUGAGGCCUGUCGUACCACCACGAGCAUGUCCUUCAUCCUAGGGCGAGAGGAAAUCACCAGGUGCCGACCGGCCCAUUCUCCCGACACGUCCUGGAUGUUGGGAAAGGCAGGUGGAUGCUACCCCUUUCUCAGGAAAAGGAAACUGGAUUAUUAGGAAAAGAUCUUGACCCUCUUCCAUUAGACAGACCAGGUAAAAGGGUUACAGAGAGGCCCCUCAGAUCUGUCUGUGCCUUUCGCAGGUGUGGGACAGGUUCUCAGAACUCGUGGGUUGGUGGUGUACAGCUGCUGCUGCACACAGCCCUUCUAUAUUAAAGAUGCCUUUUCUUGACAAAGCUUUCCUUGUGAUGAAAGUCUUACAAGCUGUUGAGUCUCAGGAAUACUAGAUUCUAUGGCCAGGAACUCAUAAAUGUGUAAACCAUCCUAGGUAAUUUCAGGCAUUCUCUUGUGCAAUCAAUUUUCUUAGACAGGUAGACUCUGAAUUUGGGUCUCUUUCAGAGCAUAAAAUACCCUUUCUUCACAGCUGCAUUGCCUGGCAGCCGCAUGAGGUGGUGGUUGUAGGCCUGGAGGCCAGCAGUGUGCUCUGAGUGCCGGCACUGGCAGGACUCCCCGCGCUGUGGGCCCGCAGUGGCCACGGCCUCCAGUCCUCACCUGCUGGUUUUGAUAUCCAGGAGCACCCCAUGUAGCUCAGGCUGCACACAAGGCUCAGGUCUGGCCAGGAAUGUGGGGCUCAGCCUGAUCACUUUAGCAUCUUUCCAUGAAAUAUCAGAAUAGGGAUUAGAAAGCUCUCAGGACAGCUUUAUAUCCUAUUCUCUUUAAUUUUAUAUUUUUCAAAACCAAGCCACAGCUUUGGUGGGGUGACUGGGCUGUCUCAGAGAGUCUCCAGCUGAAGUUGGCUGCCGGGCCUGUUUGUCUUUCAGGGGCUGCUUGGCCUUUCCCAGUCUGCUCACGGGCAUACUGACCCCAAGCCCCAGGCCUGGUCACUAGUGCAGCUCAGGGUGUUGACCCCAAAGAAACUAAACAGCAGACAUGCCUUGGGCCUGUUUGGUGCACCAAAUCCUCCCCGGGCAGGCUCGUCUGAUAUUUCCGGAAUCCCCCUAUCUUUUUCUAUCCAGCUGCACAAUGUGUUCUGGGCUUUCCCUGACUUCUGUCCCAUCUCCCACUCCAUGUUUGAGACCAAGAUGCAUUUAUAGCUCUCUGAAGCCACUGGAGAGGGAGGCUUCAGAUCCCCUAUUUGGAUCCUUUCACCCAUCUCCCCUUCCCUAAACAGAAAGUGCUUAUCUGACAGGGCUACUGAGGAAGGAAGGAGGCUGAAACUCCACUUUUUAGCCCGUAAAUCCCACACAAAUAUGUGUGAGCUACUGUUUCUCUACCAGGGGCUUUUAACUAAGCCACAGAUGAGAGAAGAAGCUCUGAAAGCUGUGCACUUGGGUCACAUCUCUGUAUUUCUGGCCCUGGUGUGGACAGACUCUCGGCCACACAGACACUCUCCUCUCAGAGAAGGGCCAGUGUUGUGGUCCAGGCCACUGGCUCAGGAGAAGGUCCUGACCCUGCUGGCAGUCGCUCUGAGGUGGGCAUGAGGUGAGCAGAAGCAUGGAGAUAAGAGUACUACUAUUUAAAGUGUUGCCAGUUACUCAGCUUCCAGGCAGCUUUGCCCCUCAAAGGGGAAGCCCUAAAGGAAGGGGAACUACUAGUCCCACCCCACUGCGUGAGCCACUGGCUCCAUUGGAGCCUAAUGAUGAGGUUACCCUACAUGGGCCCUAGGCGCCUUCCCACUGAGGCAUCCUCGGGGCCAUUGUUUAUGCCAGCAGGGCAGUUACCAAUUCCAGUCUGCCUGACCAAAUGCAGGCCCGACUGUAACUACAGAUCUUGGUCCCCAUACUGACUUUGAAGGCAGGUUUUGACCCCUAAAGGAUGAGUUCUCUGACCCCAUUGCAAAGCAGCUUUGAAGGCAGAAUACUGCAGCAUAAAAGGAUAAGACCCUGGGAGUCAGAGCAUCUGGGUUCUAGGCCAACUCUUCUUAUUAGCCAUGUGACCUUGGGGAAGUCACCUUCCCUGACUGAAAUGAAGCUCGUCUCGAUAAUCCUUAAGAUCCCUUCAAGGCUUAAAAUGCUUUGGUUUAUUUAUUCCUAGGAAAAUAGAACAUUUCUUUAACUCAGAAUUUUAGUUCUUUCUAACCUCAAAAGCUCUUGUUUUCUUCUGGAUGCAGACUAUUUAACAUCAACAUGUCAAGGUUGGCUUCUCAUCCUUGUUGGAAAGUGAAUUUAAUACUGAGGGUAAUUGAAUGGUGUUGGAAUUGCUUUUCCUCCUAAUGGCUUGGUAAGAAUAUUAAAACCUGCAGAGGUGGAAAUUGGAGCUCAUGGGGAAAUGGGUAGAAAGCAAUUUGUUGCAGGCAGCCUUUGGACAAAUUGUUUUAAUAGGAAAUAGAGCUGCUGCUUCAUAGAUUUCCUCCACUGCCUUCCCUUGGCUUUCUCAAGUGUGGUCUGCAUGGCUUCUUAACAUCCAAACGGCAGACCCUGCAUUUCUGCUUAGCACCGGUUGGCUCGUAGUCUUGAACUCUGUCUCAUAGCAGAAAGAGAUCUUCCAUGAUAAAAAUGUUCCCUUUUAGUUUCAUUGAGCCCCUCUUUCAGAUUCUGGACUCUCAGGAGUGGGAGGUUCUGGUGCUGUUCAAGAUGGUCCUUCCUUUAAGCAGGUCUGCAGGGGAGACUGCCGUGCAGGAACAGCUCGCAGACCCUCAGGCCUCACAGCAGCUGGCGUAGGUCAGCACUCGGCUCUCAAGGAGUCAGUCGUGCAGGACCAGGCGUGAGUGAACGUAAGGCAGAGACCCUGCAAGUGGAGGCACCUGUGUGCUGGGCUGGGGAAGAAGGCAGCUGGUCAGGGCUUUGAACGUAGAGCAGCAUGAGGCUGCAGGCACUGGCAGAAGACGGCAGAAGCAGAGCUUCCUCAGGAAAACGAGUGCCAUCUGCUGUGCCUGCAUCCCUCAGCCUCCAGCCAGGCAGCGAUUUUCAUCAGUUUCCCUAAUGGGUAUUGACACUGCUCAAGAGCAGUAGACCAUAUCAAGGACAGCUAUCGAUCGCUUGUGUUCUGAUUAGUUUGGAAAAUAGAUCAACUUCAUUGCAGCCCAGGAACUGUCAUUGUCACAGCUACUAGGGAAUGAGGUGGUCUCUGGGGGCUGAGAAAAAACAGAGGCUCUUGACCAGCCAGCCACCAACUGCGUGGUACAAGAAGACGCCUCCACUACUUUGAGAGCUGUGGUCACAACUGAACCAAGGCUUGGCUUGCAACCCAGUAUCCUGGUGGAUGUGCUGAUGGUACCUAAAAAGGGUGAGCAGUUUGGGGGUCACUCUUGCUUCUAGCCUGUGUGCAUAUGCGCGCACGGUUAUUAGCAUGAAGCUUACAGAAUGAGGUCUGGCAUAUUCUUGAUUAGUGAACUUUACUCAAGUGUAAUUUUUUUAUUAAUUCAUUAUCUUCUGCUUUUCCCUCUCCCCUUCCAGUCCCCCAGAGUACAUCCCUCGGGCCGUUCGCCCCAGUCCACCUGCUUAUCAUUUUGGACUGUGAAUCUGCCAGAGUGGUAUUUUCUGUUAUUUCUCCUCCAAAUUUUUCCCUAAUAAUUCCAAUAAACUUCUUAUUGGGUGGCCCCUUAAGGUAGCACCAGGACGUUCUCACGUCCUCCCACACCGCUCGCCCGUCCUCUCUCUCUCAUCUCCCUCCAUGUUCUUUAUUCCUUGCUUUUCUCACCUGGAGCUGGUGGCGCUUUGGAGAGGAGGUUUUCCAUCAGUCAGCAGACAUCCUGGAGAAGUUCCACGUAGCAGCGACUGUCACACCGUGUCCUCCGCUCCACAGCUCCCUGGCUGUGCUCAGGGCCCCUCGGAGGCGAGGUCUGAAUGGUGGGCCUGCACGGCUUCUCUGGAGCCUGGCCAGGGGGACCGUGGGGGCCGUGGCUAGUUUAUUCAGUCUGUGUCCUGAGAGGUUUGACUGUUCCCAGCUAGAGACGAGAGUGUGUCUUCUCCAAAAAACCCGACCAGCGUGUCAGCGCAUCUGGGGAGCAGCUCAGGCCAUUGCUGCCUUGCAGGAGAAGAUGCAGGAGAGGCGGACUGACUGCGGGAGCCUCGUCAAGCCUGUCUCACAAAGCCAGACCCGAGGGUGAGUGCAGACCCUGCCCACGGGACAGGCGCGGCCCGCACUCUCACCCAGCCUCUCCGACUUGCCUCUUCUCUCCCACACUACUGAAGCCCGGGACGCAGCCCAGCGGGGCAUCUGGUCAAGAGUCCAGCUGAUGACAGGUUGGAGGGAGGACACGAGGUGCCCAGGCUCAGAGCCCCAGGGGGUAGGCUGGGGGGGGCGGCAGUCCUAAUGCUCCGCCUCUCGCCAGCAUCCUUUGAGCCCUUGGAAGGUUGGGCCUGCCACCCGGCCGGCACCCCAGUGCCAGCGUCUCCCCCGAGGGGAGGAACUGAUCCUACUCUGGCAUCGGCCCUCUUGGGGAGAGUGCCGCCUCUUCUCACUCAGGUGGCUCAGGCUCAGGCUUUGGCCUUAUAGUUUUCCUCCCUCCGUUCUUCUGCUUUGACCUUGAUCGGAUGGGUGAGGAGAGCUUGUAAGAACCACUGGUGUCUGCCCACCUCUGCCGUUUGUGGGGCAGCAUUUGAUCUUUUGUCCACCCCACCCUUCACUCUCGACCUCACUUCCACCACCGGUAAAGCACUGGUUUUUAGCUGAGUUGUAUGGAUUAACUUCAAUCCACUGUACAUACACCUGGGGUGGGGUGGGGGUGCUUAGGGAGGGGAGCCAGAUUCGCUUUGUGAACUGAAUGUAUUUUUAUGCAGUUUUGAGUGGCCUUUCAACCCUGAGAUGAAUGAUUUUGGUUUACUGGUUGCUGUUAUAUAGUAUUAUUAAGUAUACUGUGCUUGAAAGUUUGGGAGUAAUAAUAUUCACAUCUAUAUGAUGCUUGUAAACACAACCGUAUUUAUAAACAAGUAAAUAAAACAGUGUUUUAACUUUG